AUGGGAGGGGUUGUGUUGGCAGCAGCAGCAGUGCUGCUGGCUGCAGUGGUGGCCGUGGCGGCGGCAGAACUCGUGCCGGUGACGGACAAGGACCUGGAGUCGGAGGCCAGCCUGUGGAGCCUAUACCAGAGGUGGCUCAGCGUGUACAACGGGUCGCUGGACCUCGUGGAGAAGCCGAGCAGGUUCGACACGUUCAAGGAGAACGCUAGGCACAUCAACGAGUUCAACAAGAGGGAGGACGAGCCGUACAAGCUCGGCCUCAACCAGUUCUCCGACUUGACCGAGGAGGAGUUCGACAGCGGCAUGUACACCGGAGCCAUGCUGCCCGAAGACGCCGGCAACGUCAGCCUCAGCAGUAGCACGGUCGACGACGAUAAGCUGCUGGCCUCCGCCGCCGGCAAGGUGCCGGCCAAGUGGGACUGGAGACGCCACGGAGCUGUCACUCCAGUGAAGAACCAAAGAAACUGCGGUGCGGAGCUGUUGGGCUUUCUCGAUGGUGGGUUCUGUGGAGGCAUCAACGCAAUCAAGACAGGGAAACUGCGGACACUGUCGGAGCAAGAGGUGCUCGACUGCUCCGGCGCCGGGACCUGUAAAGGUGGGGACCCGUACCGGGCAUUCGAUCACGCCAUCAGCCCCGGGUUGGCCUUAGACCAGCACGGGAAUCCUCCGUACUACCCUGCCUACGUUGCCGAGAAGAAGAAGUGCAGAUUCAACCCGAGGAAGCCUGUGGUGAAGAUCAACGGCAAGAGAAUGAUGAGAGACACCACCGAGGCGCAGCUGCUGUGUCGCGUGUACAAGCAGCCGGUGUUGGUCGCCAUCGAGGCCAACCGCGCCUUCAGUCGCUACAGUAAGGGCGUCUUCACGGGGCCUUGCGGGACGCGUCUAAACCACGCGGUCCUGGUCGUGGGCUACGGAACUACGGCGAACGGUGUGGACUACUGGAUCGUUAAGAACUCGUGGGGCAAGGGCUGGGGCGAGAAUGGCUACAUCCGGAUGAAGCGUAACGUGGGUACCAAAGCGGGUCUCUGCGGCAUAUACAAGACGCCCAUGUACCCCAUCAAGAAUAAGAUGAUCUCGCGGAGAAGGAAAAUAAUUGGGUACACACCCUGCACCGCGCCUCGUGCAGACCCACCUUGGAUAGAAGCCACGUAUCCUGAAAAGGAGAGGACGUUCGAGGUGUUCAAGGCCAACGCCAGGAGUUCGACCGCACGUACAGCAGUGGCAAGGGGUGAAGCCGACGUCAUGGGCGAUGACGCUAGCUAUAGCGGCGCGUCCCACGAGCAGCCGCCGGUCACUGCCGCUUGCCGGUGA